CUUAAAUUUAAAUUUAAAUUUUGCUUUUUUUUUUUUUUUUUUGUCUUCGUUUUGCUCGUUAAUAAUCGUUUAAUUACCAUCUUAUUCUUCUUGUGUACUACUCAAUUACUACUAUUAUAUUCUUCUGUUCUGUCUUUUCGUCGUGCAACGGAUCAGUACAACACCGUGAAACGCGUUCCGUAUUCCGUCGAAUAAUUUCCAAUUGGCGUGUCGUCGAGGUUCGUAUACGGUUUUGUCAUUCAGACGAACCAACAUUAUUGCAACGAAUUAGAUUUGACCAUGGACUCAUUUAAAAGUAAUGAAUUAGUUGAUAUUUCACUUAUUGAGUGGCGUACACCUGAAAUUGUGAAAAAUAAAACGUAUGAAGAAAAUUGUGCAAAUAACCCAUUUGAUAUAUUGGAGUUGAAAGCAGCAACAAUGGAUCCUUUUGAUUUAGUUCCAUGUCAAACACCAUCAAAGAGAGAUCCACCAUGUGGUAACAUAUUAAGUCCAUUAUUUGAAUUAACAUUUAAACAGAUGAAAAGAAGUGUAUCCUUAACUGAUAUUAAUGGUGUUGCCAAAAUCUUAGAGAAAAAUUGUAUAGAUAAGAAUAAAGAUCAAAUUAAUGAAAGCCAAUUAAAAGAUAAUGUAACCACAUGUCUUAAAAAAGAAGGUUGUAUUCAGUCAAUAGAAAAUGUCCCAGUACAUGAAGAAGUAAACCAAAUAGAAACCCAAGUUGAAAAUAAUGUAUUAGUUUUAACUGAAGAUUCUAAUGAUAAAGAUUUAGAAAAAAAUUCAGUCUGUAAUGAAGAAGAAAAAAAACUCAUUAGAGAGCAAACACGACAACGUAUCAGUAUGCUUAUUGAAAAGGGUAAACAAAAAUAUGAAGUUGAAUAUUCACGGAGGUCAUUAUUUUGUACUCCACAACGUAAUGUAGAAUCUAGUUUGAAUAGAACUGAAAAUGAAUUUAACAGAGGAUUUAUUCAUAGCUAUUCUGAUAGUUUUAGUUUUUCCGGCAGUAAAAAUUUGUGUGAUGAUGUUAAUGCUAAUAAUGUGAACAAUAAAUCAAAUAGUAGUUCUGAAAUUGCUACCAAUGAACUGAAUUCAUUUGAUUUAAAUUCUCUAAAACCAGAAUGGAUAGUAGAUAAUUUCAGUGAUAGUGAUUUAGAAGUUCAUUCUGACAAAUCUGUAGCAGUCGAUGAAACAACUAAUACUGAUGAUCAAGUUGAUGUUAAAUUAAAAGCUCUUAAUCGCAUUGGAAUGGUUGAAAAUCAAUCUAAUGGAUGUCAGACUGUCUUAAAAUCUAUGCAAAAUAAAAGAGUACAAGCUAAAGGUCCAUUUAUAGCCAAUGUUCCUCUUCAACAAAUGGUGCAAAAUUAUGAGGACGUAGAAAUCAAAAAAAUAGUUCCAGAGUCUGAUGAUAACUCCAAAAAAUUAAAACCCGUGGCUGCUUCUACUCCUACUUUGGACAUAGUUCCAUGUAAAACACCUACAUCGUUUGAGUCUUCUAUUAAAUCAAGUCCUUCAAUUCGUCGAUCAAUAGCCAGUUCCAUCGAAAGUCCAAGUACCCCACUUAAUGUUACCAAAUGUAUUGGAAAAAUUUCAAAAACUAAUGAAAAAAAAUUAUCCUUGUUAAAUAAUUCGCGUUUGAUCAAUUCAACUAAUAAACGUUCCAAUACUACAAUUGUUUUGUUUGAGGGCGCUAAUGUAAAUAGGAAUGAAGCUUUACAGUUCUUCAAAUUAAAUAAAUCCAAAUCUGAAAGUAAAAUUGGGAAGAUACCAAAACCGAAAAUGAGUGGUUUGCCAGUAUCAAAAAGAUUUACCAUGUCAUUUAAAGGGAAAGAAAAUAUAAGACCUUAGUCGAUUAACUUAGGUGUGAUUAUGAUGCAUAAUAUUUAUGGCACAUUUAAAAAAAUUUAAAUCAUAUUUUUAUACAUUAUAGGUUAAUUUACUUAUUAUUAUCUUUUUACUGUGGUGAUUUAUUGUAGUUCUAAUAAACACUAUUUUUUAAAAAAAAAAUCACGUUA